AUGUGGACAGAUUCAAGUAUAGCUCUGCAAUGGAUAACUGGAGACGGUAAACAAGUAAAACAAAAUAUCAGCUCAAAAGUAAGCGAAAUUAACAAACUAACAAAUGUAUAUGACUGGCGUCAUUGUGAUGGCAAAUGUAAUCCAGCAGAUCUGUUAACUCGUGGUAUAAAAGCCAAACAAUUGAUGCAGUCAGAAUUAUGGAAAUGGGGUCCAUCAUGGCUUAUCAUGGAAAGCAACGAAUGGAAUAUAAGCAAAAUUGAGGAUAGCGCAACUCUUAUCACAAAAGUACUUCAAGAAGAGAAUGUUUGCAAUAUAUCUAAGGAAACUAUAUUUGAUAUACAAAAGUUUAGUAAAUUACGGAAAAUGUUAAGAGUUACCGCACACGUAUUUCGAUUUUUAAGGAAUAUAAAAAAUAAAGGAAUUCAGCAAUCUAUAAAUACUGAAUUGGAGAAGAUUGAUGAUUUGACUCUAGAGGAAUUAAAUAAAGCGGAAGUUUAUUGGAUUGGUUGUGCACAAAGUGAGUAUUUUUUGUCAGAAAUAAUAUCGUUGAAGAAAGGACAAAAAAUUGGAGCGGAAUCAAAAAUUUUACAAUUGAAUCCCAUUUUAAUAGAUGGGUUACUGAGACUUUCUUGUCGUUUACCAACGACUGAUUAUGAAAAUCUAAGCAAUCCAAUUAUAUUACCAAAGGAGUCAUAUUUAUCUAAGUUGAUUGUUUUGGAAGCGCACCAAAAGUUUAUGCACAGUGGAAUUAAUGCUACCUUAGCUAAGAUUCGAAAGCGAUUUUGGGUUGUUAAAGGCCGGCAACUUAUUAAAAGCGUUGUACAGCGGUGUAUAAUUUGCAAAAGGCUGCAUGGGAAAAAUGCAUCUGAAAACUGGACGGAUUUACCUAUCGAACGGGUCACUGUAUCCAAACCAUUUGAAACCACUGGCAUAGACUUUGCUGGUCCGUUAUAUAUAACUUCUACUGACAACAAAAAUGAUUUUAAAAAAGCGUAUAUAAUGUUGUUUACCUGUGCAGCAACUAGAGGAAUCCAUUUGGAGCUGGUAGCAGAUUUAACUGUUGAAAGCUGUAUAAACGCACUAAGAAAAUUUAUUGCAAGGCGUGGCACCCCCUCUAUUAUUAUAUCAGACAAUGCGAAAACUUUUAAAAGAAGUUGUAUGGAAGUGCAAAAGCUUGAACAACUAAUGGAGAAAACCAGAAUCAACCAAGUUUCUGUAGCCAAUGGCAUUAAGUGGAAGUUUAUUCCAGAACGUGCAGCGUGGUGGGGUGGAUUUUGGGAGCGGCUUGUACGAACUGUAAAAAACUGUUUAAAGGCAGCAAUUGGGAAAGCAAGGCUGACUUUUUAUGAAAUGGAUACUUUACUAACAGAAGUAGAAAGUGUGGUAAAUCAAAGACCACUCACCUAUAUUACUACUGACUGUAACGAUUUGGCGCCGUUAACACCUGCACAUUUUUUGGGAGAAUGUGGUGUGUUAAGCAAAGAAAAUUUCUUGUCUGACGGCAGCACUAUAGCAAAAAUGUGGCAAUCCAGAACUUAUAUUUUAAAGCGUUACUUAAAACGAUGGCAGGACGAAUACUUAACUCAAUUACGCUCAAUUCAUCUUAAUAAGUCUAAACCAACAAAAUCUAUAAAUAUUGUCGAUGUAGUAUUGGUCAAAGAUGAACAUCAAUCAAGACUUCUUUGGCGAAUGGCAGUGGUGGUAGCUACUUACAUUGGACGAGAUGGGCGUGCCAGAGCGUGCGAUGUCAGACUCAAAGACCAGAAAAUUAUGAGAAGACCUAUUCAACUACUAUAUCCGCUUGAAUUAAUAUGCGAUUCGCCGGGUCCCAGGAUGUAA